CUUUUGCUUUUUGCUACCCACUACCCACUACCCACUACCCACUCCCUCUUUCUCAACUCAAAUGUUACUCUAACUCCGCUUCGGUUUCAGUUCCACCGUCUUCUUCCUCUUCUAGAUCUUCACAUUUUCUAGUUCCUGCAAGUUUCUAGAACCUUCGCUUUCAAAUGGAGGUGUCUUCUGAGCAAUCUGAAGACGUAAAACCUGAAAACCCUCCGAGUCCUGCGAAGAAGAACGGUUCAGAAGUUGCGAAAAGAGCUUUGAAAACCGCCGCAGACACUGGAGGUUCGGUUUCUGCGAGAAAGAGAGCAGAACCGAAAAAUCAUUCGGGUUCGGUUGCGACGAAGAGAUCGGGUUCAAUCGGCAGUUCCGCUAGUUCGGUUACUGCGCCGAGACGGAAUAGUACUGGAGGAUUGCUUCAGAAGUCGUCGAUCUCCGAUGGAAGAAGAAAAUCCGGUGCCGAUUCUGCUGUCGGCAGUAAGAGCAGCGCUUCUUCCGCCACGGAGCCUGCGCGGAGGUCGCUCCCGGAGCUCCGGCGCAGUUCUAUAAGUUCUUCACGUUCCGGCGUUGCGGCAAAAUCCUCGCCGGUGGGCGCGAGUUCGAGGACAUCCGUUGCUUCCGGUGUGAGUAAGGUGGAAGUUGCGAAGAGGCCAGUGAGUAAGCCGGCAUUGUCGGUUUCGGUGUCGUCUUCGUCGAGGAGGGUUAGUUCUUCAUCGGCGGAUAGCACUGCUAGUGGCGGUGGUUCUGCUAGGAGGACUGUUUCAUCAUCGGUGCGGUCACCGACUGUCUCGAGCGGGUUGAGAACGGCGUCUCUGUCGUCGUCGCUGGAUAGGGGUUCUGCGCUGUCUGGAAGGAGGAAAGGGGCCACUGCUGAUAGUAGAGAUUCGCGGUUUAUUGUUCUUCCGCAGGUUGAGAUUAAGGCCAACGAUGAUUUGAGAUUGGAUCUUAGGGGACACAGAGUUCGCAGCCUCAAUGCCAGUGGAUUAAACUUAUCCUCGAACUUAGAGUUUGUUUAUCUUCGAGACAAUCUCUUGUCUACACUGGAAGGAGUAGAAAUAUUGACGAGAGUGAAGGUUCUUGAUUUGAGUUUUAAUGAGUUUAAGGGGCCUGGAUUUGAGCCUCUUGAGAAUUGCAAAGUACUGCAGCAACUCUAUCUUGCUGGAAAUCAAAUCACAUCAUUGGCAAGUCUUCCGCAGCUUCCUAAUUUGGAGUUCCUCUCAGUAGCUCAGAAUAAGUUGAAAUCUCUCACUAUGGCAAGUCAACCUCGACUUCAGGUUUUAGCUGCAAGCAAAAACAGAAUUUCUACUCUUAAGGGUUUCCCGUAUUUACCAGUUCUUGAGCAUUUGCGAGUGGAGGAGAAUCCUAUACUUAAGAUGCCUCAUUUGGAAGCAGCCUCAAUAUUGCUAGUUGGACCUACUUUGAAAAAAUACAAUGAUAGAGAUCUCUCUCGUGAGGAAGUGGCACUAGCAAAGCGUUAUCCUGUACAUACAGCUUUGUGUAUUAGAGAUGGUUGGGAGUUCAGUCGCCCUGAAAAUGCUGCAGAGUCAACUUUCCACUUUCUAGUUGAGAAAUGGAAGGACUGUAUUCCUCUGGGGUUUUUCCUCAAAGAGGCAUCCAUAGAUAAACCUGUGGAAGAAGAUGUGUGUUGCUGUCAUUUCACAAUUAUUCAUGAUGGUGCAGCUAGUACAGACCCACCAUUGGUUUUAAAAUAUCAAUGGUUUUGUGGUGAUAUAUCACUUUCAAAUUUUGUCCCUAUUUUAGAUGCUACUGGUGAGAUUUACUGGCCAAAGCAUGAUGACAUUGGAAAAAUUCUGAAAGUGGAAUGUACUAUCACUUUAGGAGAAACAGAGUAUCCUCCUAUAUUUGCCAUCUCUUCUCGUGUUUCACGGGGGAGUGGAAUUCCAAAAAUUGUAAACCUUGAAGUGCAUGGGGAACUGGUAGAAGGAAGUAUCAUCAGGGGUGGUGCUAAGGUUGCUUGGUGUGGUGGGACUCCAGGAAAAGGUGUUGCUAGUUGGCUGCGGAGAAAGUGGAACAGCAGUCCUGUGGUCAUUGCUGGGGCUGAAGAUGAAGAGUAUCAGCUAACCAUUCAUGAUGUUGAUUCAAGUUUAGUUUUCAUGUACACACCUGUGACAGAAGAAGGUGGCAAAGGCGAACCUCAAUAUAAAUAUACAGAUUUUGUAAGAGCCGCUCCUCCUUCAGUCAGUAAUGUUAGAAUAGUUGGGGAUGCUGUUGAGGGAAAUACCAUGAAAGGAGUUGGUGAUUAUUUUGGUGGAAGGGAGGGUCCCAGCAAGUUUGAAUGGUUACGGGAGAACAGUGAUACUGGAGGUUUUUUGUUAGUGUCAGCUGGUACAUCUGAGUACACCUUGACCAAAGAGGAUGUUGGUUGUUGUUUAGCUUUUGUAUACAUACCUAUUAAUUUCGAAGGUCAGGAAGGAAAAUCAAUGUCAGUUUUGUCUCCUGUUGUGAGAAAAGCACCCCCUAAAGUAAUGAAUCUCAAAAUAAUUGGUGAACUGCGAGAGAAUAGCAAGGUUACUGCAACUGGUAUUGUAACUGGAGGAACUGAAGGAUCUAGCAGAGUUCAGUGGUAUAAAACAUGUUCGGCAACUUUGGAUGAAAACAGUCUUGAACCAUUAAGUACUUCCAAAAUUGCUAAAGCAUUCCGCAUACCUCUUGGAGCUGUGGGCUCGUACAUUGUGGCAAAAUAUACACCCAUGACUCCUGAUGGUGAUUCUGGUGAACCAGCAUUUGUGAUAUCUGAUAAAGCAGUUGAGACUCUUCCCCCGAGCUUGAAUUUCUUAUCUAUCAUUGGAGAUUAUAGUGAAGGUGGAAUAUUGACGGCAUCAUAUGGAUACGUUGGAGGUCAUGAAGGGAAAAGUAUAUACAAUUGGUAUAUUCAUGAGGGUGAAGGUGAUUCAGGUUCUUUGAUACCAGAGGUUUCAGGAUUGCAAUAUCGUAUUACCAAAGAAGCCAUUGGGAAAUUCAUAUCAUUCCAGUGUACUCCAGUACGUGAUGAUGGUGUUGUAGGUGACCUAAAAAUUUGCAUGGGCCAGGAACGUGUUCGCCCUGGAAGCCCGAGAUUGCUUUCUUUACACAUAGUUGGAAAUGCUGUUGAAGGAACAAUGUUACAAAUUGAAAAAAAGUAUUGGGGUGGUGAAGAGGGAGAUUCAAUUUACUGCUGGCUUAGGACCAGUUCUGAUGGCACGAAAAAUGAAAUUAUGGGUGCCACUACUGAAUCAUAUGUGCCCUCAAUUGAUGACAUUGGCUUCUUUAUUUCUGUUUCAUGUGAACCUGUUCGAAAUGAUUGGGCUCGUGGACCCAUGCUUCUGUCUCAACAAAUUGGACCUAUAAUAUCUGGUCCCCCAACUUGUCGUUCUCUGGAAUUUCUUGGAUCAAUGAUAGAAGGGCAGCGGUUGAACUUUAAUUUUGAGUAUAGUGGAGGAGAGCAAGGAGGUUGUACCCAUGAGUGGUUUAGGGUAAAAGACAAUGGUGUGCGAGAGAAAAUAAGCAGCAAUGAUUUUUUGGAGUUGACGCUUGAGGAUAUUGGUGCAUCCAUUGAAAUAGUCUAUACCCCUGUGCGCAAGGAUGGACUUAAAGGCAGCCCAAAGAGCAUUGUAUCUGAUCGGAUUUCUCCAGCGGAUCCUAAGGGAAUGGACCUUGUAAUUCCCGACUGCUGCGAAGACAUAGAGCUUAUGCCACAGAAAAAAUAUUUUGGUGGACAUGAAGGGGUUGGAGAGUAUAUUUGGUAUCAGACAAAGAGUAAGCUUGAAGGAUCUGCACUACUAGAUAUAUCUAAUGCUUCUGAUGUUGUAAUAUGUGGGACAGAGCUGAUGUAUAAACCAUCACUUAAAGAUGUUAGGGAUUAUUUGGCUUUGUAUUGGGUGCCGACCCGUGCAGAUGGAAAAUGUGGUGACCCAUUGAUUGCAAUUUCCAGUACCCCAGUUUCCCCUGCUCCUCCGAUAGUUUCUAAUGUACGGGUGAAAGUGUUGUCUUUGGGAAUUUAUUCUGGCAAAGGUGAAUAUUUUGGUGGACAUGAAGGAGAAAGCUUAUUUAGCUGGUAUAGAGAAAAUAACGAGGGAACCAUUGAGCUGAUUAGUGGGGCAAAUUCAAAAAUCUAUGAAGUUAUUGAUUCAGAUUACAAUUGUCGAUUGUUGUUUGGAUAUACACCAGUUCGUUCAGAUUCUGUUGUGGGAGAACUUAGGUUAUCUGAUCCAACUGACGUUGUUUUCCCAGAGCUUCCGAAUGUGGAGAUGCUUGCUUUGACAGGAAAGGCAGUUGAAGGUGACAUACUUACAGCUGUUGAAGUCAUUCCAAAUAGUGAGGCUCAACAACUUGUUUGGAGCAAGUACAUGAAAGAUAUAAGAUACCAAUGGUUUUGUUCAUCAGAAGUGGGAGACAGUUUUUCAUAUGAUCCAUUACCCAAUCAGAGUUCUUGCUCCUAUAAGGUGCGGCUAGAGGAUAUUGGUCGUCGAUUGAAAUGUGAAUGUGUCGUAACUGAUGUGUUUGGAAGGUCAGGAGAGGCUGUGUGCGUUGAGACCACACCUGUAUUGCCAGGGAUUCCUAGAAUACACAAGCUGGAGAUUGAGGGAAGGGGAUUUCAUACCAAUCUCUAUGCUGUUCGUGGCAUUUAUAGUGGUGGGAAAGAAGGCAAAAGUAGAGUCCAGUGGCUUAGAUCAAUGGUUGGAAGUCCUGACCUGAUCUCUAUACCAGGGGAAACAGGCAGGAUGUAUGAAGCAAAUGUUGAUGAUGUUGGCUAUAGGUUGGUGGCCAUCUAUACUCCUGUAAGAGAGGACGGAGUAGAGGGCCAAUCAAUUUCGGUAUCAACAGAGCCAAUUGCAGUUGAGCCUGAUGUUCUUAAAGAAGUGAAGCAGAACCUUGAUCUUGGAUCAGUGAAGUUUGAGGUAUUGUGUGACAAAGACCAAACCUCAAAAAAGAUUUCAUCAGUGGGCACAUAUGAGAGGCGAAUCCUUGAAAUUAAUAGGAAAAGGGUCAAGGUGGUAAAGCCUGCCACGAAGACUUCUUUUCCAACUACAGAAAUUCGGGGUAGUUAUGCCCCUCCCUUUCAUGUGGAGCUUUACAGGAAUGAUCAACACCGUCUAAGGAUAGUAGUGGACAGUGAGAAUGAAGCAGACUUGAUGGUGCAGUCCCGACACAUUCGAGAUGUUAUUGUUCUGGUGAUUCGAGGACUUGCUCAGAGAUUCAAUAGUACUUCCCUCAAUUCCCUUCUGAAGAUAGAAACAUAAAUUCUUUCUUUAACACUGUAUAGUCAUAUUUGAUCUGGGAAACUUAGUUGUUGAGGCCAGUUAUCUCACAUUUUGCUUGUCCUUAGUGCAAGUAUUGUUAUAUUG